AGUAAGCUUCAUGGUGAUGUUUUGGAGGACUUGACAAGCAGUUUGUGGAGUUUAUCCAAUUAAUUUGUGUAACGGCGAUGAGUGGCUUCACUACAAGCCUUCAGUGAUACGUCGUGAUCUGAUCUGAAUCCGUUAUAUUUCUCAGUGAGGUCUACUGUGUGGACAGAUCUAGAGUAUUACUAGAGACCUUUCAGUGCUGAACAAACAUAUAAAUCGUUUUACUAAAAAUAAGCAGUAGCUUGUUGUAAGAGGCAAGUGGCUCUUUUUUUGCAGACAAGCGAUGCUGAUGUGUUGAUGGGGUGGCAUCUAUAGCUCUGACCUACAAUGAGUGCGGUGUAUAAGCAACGGGUGGCGGAAGUCGACCAGCUCUUGGCAGAGCCGAAGCUUGAUUUCAAGAAGGUCCGUGCGUUCUCCUUCGACCAUGGCAUUCCGGAGGGAGCAGGGCGUCGUGCAACUGUCUGGAAGAUUCUACUCGACUACCUACCGUGUGAUGUCAGUGAAUGGCCAAAAUGCUUAGCGAAAACAAGGAAAACAUAUCAAGAGUUCGUGGAGGAGAUUAUCAUCAACCCACAUGAGCAAGCCAACAAUGAUCAUCCGUUGAACCCCAAUCCUGAUAGUCAGUGGAAUGCUUACUUCAAGGACAAUGGCAUCCUGGGUCAGAUUGACAAGGACGUGCGACGACUCUGUCCGGACAUUUCCUUCUUCCAGCAAGCCACCCCGUACCCGUGUCCCUCUCUGGCCAUGGGAAAAUUGCAAGGAAUCGAGUCCUUGUCUGAACGUGUAGAGAGAACAUGCUUAGAGUCGGCACAGGUAGAAACGUCCAGAAUGGGCCUUACAAGAAAUGCGACAGCACACAAGAUUCCCGAGGAGGAAAUUGAGCCGUACAAACUGCUACCCAAAGGCCAGGAAGCACACUGGCAGGUUGUAGAGAGAAUACUGUUCAUCUACGCCAAGCUCAACCCAGGAAUAGGCUACGUACAGGGUAUGAAUGAGGUGAUUGGUCCUAUCUACUAUGUGUUUGCUGGCAACACACCACCAGAAUGGCAAGAGCAUGCAGAGGCAGACGCUUUCUUCUGUUUCACCAGCAUCAUGUCCGAGAUCAAGGACAACUUCAUCAAGACGCUGGAUGACUCGGCAUGCGGCAUCGGUGCUAUGAUGGUACAGCUGAUGGAGUUGCUGCAGAAAUGUGAUAAACCUCUGCACGACCUUCUUGUGGAGAAGCAGCAUUUGAGUCCGCAGUUCUACGCGUUUCGUUGGCUAACUCUCUUGCUCUCACAGGAGUUCCAGUUGCCUGAUUUGAUUCGCCUAUGGGACAGUUUCCUGGCUGAGCGUAGUUGCUUUGACUUUCUCAUCUACACCUGCUGUGCCAUGAUAGUAGUGCAACGGGACAAACUGAUGGAGAAUGAUUUUGCACAUAACAUGAAACUUCUGCAGAAUUAUCCGGAUAUCGAUGUCCAUGUGUUGUUGAGGAAAGCGAUAGAGAUCAAAGAACGGUACGAGCUGGAGCACCAGGAUGUGCUUGCACGGUGAUGUCACUGCUGGGCUGUUACGCAACCAUUUGAAUGCGGUGAUGCUGUGUGGCUGCCUCAGCUGGGUCAUCUGCGGUUCAACUUGGCUAGCUGCAGAUAUAUUAGAUUGAGUAUGUGUGUCCGUCUGAACAGCUGCUGAUAAGUAUGAUGGUGUGAUCACCCUCAAAUCACGCUCUAAUCAAGGACGAUCGCUUCUCUCUGCGUAUACAUGCUGCUAUGUGCUACACCAUCUGUUGAUGUCAAGAACAGGAAACCUAGCCCGGUGAUACUACACGGUACAGUGACGUGAGUGCGACCGUCAGAUCUCUCUCUCUCUCCGCCUGCCUCAGUGCACCGUGCACCGUGCUUGAUCAUUCCUCACUCUUAGCCGUUGCUAUCUGACUCAUUUUAGCAAAGUCGGUAGCGGAACUUUGAGAUCUUGUAAGCGUGUUACUUCCUCAUGCACGGCCUUUUGAUAUGCACAUCUAUUCCGUGUGAGCUACCUCAUGCACAGGUGGAUUACAAACACUCUUCCGGUUUGUUCAGCCCUUUGCUUGCUCUGCAAGGUGACUUCUUGUCGGUUUCUCCUUUUCUUGCUAUGUUCUUUCCCAGAGGCAAUACUGAGCGCUGCUUUCUUUUUCAUUUUUUUUAAUCCUAGAAUCUUGUUUUUGUCGACAUGAAACACACGUUACAUUAGGCGUAGGCGCAUGUCAGAUACCGGUGCCCUUCAGAGAGUAGGUGCAUGUCAGAUACCAGUGGCCUUGUGCCCUUCAGAGAUUUACCUUCCUGUAUUCUAUUUUUGUUUUAUCAUUAGCCACGACUAGCGGUGAGAGUAUCCGUGUGGCAUUGCAUCGUCAGCUCUCGUUAUGCUGUGUGAUCGCUCAUGCACACUAUCAGAGACAGUCGUGUCCCGUCUAAGCUUAGAUAUUCCGUUUGGUGUGUUGACCCACUGUGACUCCGCUUGCUUUUUUUAACCUGAACUUGUCUGCUUCGUGA